UAUGUCAACACAUUACUGCUCCAUACGUCAAUUAGAGUUGGUUGAAGCGCAAUUCAACGAAAAGUCGGCAUGUUUUCUACGAAACUAUAUUGAAAAAAAUCAAACUGAAAUGAAAGCUCUCAACUUUAGAGGUAUAGAUCUAAGACAUUCUAUUGGUUUAGAAAUGUUUAACGUUAGCGUCUGUUCAUUAUCAAUUCUCUGUCAAUUGGAUAUUAUUUCCUGUAAAUUGUCUGAGGAUAUGUCAUUAUGUCUUGGAAAAUUUAUUAGUAAUCAAUUGAAGUUGAAAAUUCUAAAUAUUCAAUCAUCUUCCUUAGAUGGAAAGAUUGGAGAAAACCUUUUCAAAACCCUAUCGGAUUCUUGCUAUUCUUUAGAAAAAUUCAGUCUAUUUAACACGAAUCUAAGCGAACAAGCAGUAUCCCUUUUAGGAAUGACCAUCUCCAAUCAAACUCAAUUAAAAUCUCUAUGCCUUCGACAAACAAACUUUGCAGGCAGAAUAGGAAAAAGCCUACUUCUUUGUAAUAGUUAUGUUAGGUCAACAGUACAACAAUUUAAACUUUCUCUAACCGAAUUCAGUGCAAUCAUAGACACUGAACUGGGAGAAUCUGCUAGCGAUCAGUCAAAUUUCAAGGAAAUAGUUUGUAAAGAUAUUAACUUCGAUGAAGAUAUAAAAGAGAACAUUCUGCAAAAGUUGAAUACCACUUGUGUUUCAGUUGAAAUAAUUAAUAUUUCAUCUACAGAAAUGAAUGUUAAUACUUCGGAAAUACUUAUUAUAUUCAUCUGCAAUCAAAUGAACUUACAGAAUCUUACUCUUUGCAAUAUUAUUAUAAAGAAUAAUGGUAUUAUUGAAGAUAAAUUAUCAGAAGAUAUUAAUUUUCCUUCCUCUUUACAUGAAGUUCAAUUCCAAAAGUGUGAUUUGUGCAUUGUAAAAAGUAAAAUUAUGGGAAGAUUUCUCAGUUUUCAAAUGCAUCUAUUAAAAAUCAAUUUUAGUAAUAUGAAAUUAGAAGGAAAUGUAGGAGAGAAUAUCUUUAAAGGACUCUCGAAUAAUUGUUCAUCGAUUGAAGACCUAAACUUGACCAAUGUUCAAUUAUGUCAGCGGUCAGCUUCUUAUCUUGGAAAUUUAAUAAAUAGACAAACUAAUUUAAAAAUACUAUGCUUAAAAAAUAUAAAUUUAGAGGGAUUAAUAGGAGUGAAUCUCUUCAAGAAUAGCAAUCAAAGUACCUCUCUUAAAAAGUUAUGUAUGUCAUACUGCAAAUUCGAUUCUGAAAUGACACGCCAUCUUCAAAAAUUUAUUGCCAAUCAACGCAAAUUAAUAAGUAUCGACUUAAGAAAUACAAAAUUAACAGACGAAAGAGGAGCAGGAGAGAUAUUUCAUAAUAUUAGCGCAACAUGCUCUUUAAUAGAAAUACUCUUAAAUGGAAUCUGCCUUGGUGAAAUGGCUGCCAAUAAACUAGGCCUAUUUAUAAGUUAUCAGACAAAUUUAAAGAUAUUGGAGUUAGAUAAGGUAAAAUUUGAAGGAAUUGUUGGAGAAAAUCUGUUUUCUAAUCUAUUAAAUACAAGUAAUUUCAUAAGAAAACUUGAUUUCCGUAAUAUAAACUUUACGACUACUUUGGCAAGUCAUCUCGGAAAAUUUAUUAAUAAUCAAAAGUUUUUAAAAACACUUAUUCUUAAAGGAAACAAUUUAAAAGGGGAAAUUGGAGAGAAUCUUUUCAAGAGUAUGUCAUCUUCAUGCUGCUCUCUUGAAAUUAUAGAUAUAAGCGGUUGUAAAUUAAGUGAGAAAACGUCAUCCUAUCUUGGUAAAUUUCUUAGUUAUCAAACUAAUUUGAUAGGUUUAAAUAGAGAAAAAAUUGAAUUUGAAGGAAGAAGCGAAGAAUUUCUGUUUGGAGAGAUGAAAAGUCUUUGUUCUUUGAUAAAAAAACUAGAUUUUAGAAAUGGAAAUUAUAGAGAAAAUGCCGCAAUAAUUAUAUUAAAAUUCGUUUUUAAUCAGAGUCACUUGGAAUUUCUAUAUAUAGAAAACACGAUAUUAGAAGCAUCAGAUGGUAUUGGACGGUUUGAGACACUACCUUUGCAUCUCACUGAAAUACGUCUUAAAGGCAGUGUUAUAAGCGAAUAUCUAGCAUCAUAUAUUGGAAAAUUAAUAGGCAAUCAAAUGAAAAUGAAGGAAUUAAAUCUUUCCAAAGCAAAAUUGGAGGGAAGAGUAGGAGAAAAUCUCUUCAAAAAUAUUUCCAAUUGUUGUUGUUUCUUAAAGGAAUUGGACUUAUCCUAUACGAAAAUCAGCUCCCAAGCGGCAUAUUAUCUUCGAUUAUUUAUUGAGAAACAAACUGUUCUAGAAUCGCUUGAUCUGAGUCAUAUGAAUUUAGGAAUGGAGAUAGGAAGUACUCUAUUUAAUAAUCUUCAUGAACAUUUAUCAUUUCUUCGCAAGCUCUCUCUUCAGAAGAGCAUUUUAGACGAGAAUAUGGUAAGAUAUCUAGGAGAGUUUAUCGGUAAUCAAAUAAAUUUAUACAUGAUCAACUUUGGAGAAGUUGAUUUUUGUGGAAAUUUGGGAGAAAUUCUAUUUAGUAACAUAUCGUCUUCUUGCUCUUCCGUAGAAAUACUUGAUCUAUCCAAUGCAAAGUUGGAUAGUACAGCUGCAAAGUAUCUAGGAAUAUUUAUACGAAAUCAGUAUGGAUUAAAAACUCUCUCCUUUGAAAAUACAGAUUUAAGUGCUUCAAUUGGAGAGAAUCUAUUUUGGAGUUUAGAGAGUUCAUGCUCUUCUCUGUCUGCCUUUAAUUUUCAAAAUAGUAAUAUAUGUCAUGCAACUGCCCCUUGUAUUGGAAAAUUCUUAAGCCUUCAAAAGAAAUUAAGGGUAUUAAACUUUGAUAAUGCAUUCUCAGCAGAAAUUGUUGGAGAGCGUAUUUUUAAAACUAUUACGGAAGAUUGUUGUUGGAUAGAAUAUUUAAAUUUAAAUCACAUUUGCCUAAAUGAACAGUCGGCAUACAAUCUUGGGAAAAUUAUAAGUAAUCAACGUCAUCUAUUGAUGAUUAGUUUAAAGGAAAUAAAUUUAAAUGGAUCUAUUGGAGGUAGUUUGUUCAAAGGGAUGUUUGGCGCUUCAGUAGAAGCGAUUAGUUUGUCAGAUAUAGCAAUUGAUUUUUAUGCAGUAGAAAAAUUAGGAGAAUUCUUAAAAAGCCAAAGAAUUAUGCAAAGUAUUAUUUUUGAUUUUAAAUUGGAUUCGGAGUCUAAGAACCAUCUUCUAGACGUUAUAAGUAACCUACAAUACAAUUUAGAAUCGUUUGGUCUAGAUCCCAAUUUCAAUAAAGAAUAA